UGCGUCCACGUGCUGGUAAAUAGUAGUUGUGGGUGUGCUUUAAUUUAACUCUACAUUACUCUACAACCUGAAGACUAAAGUUUUUUUUUAUUUUUUAAAACAAUACGUUUUUAUGAUAAGGAUUAUUGGUUUAAACAUUGAUUUAAACGAUCGAUAUGUCAAACGCUUUAGUUCGUAAGAGUUUGGAAUUACUCGGUUAUGAAACAGCCAUAAACAAAGGUACAUCCAAGAAAAAGAAGAACAAGUCUUCAGGAGUUAUUGAUUUAAUCCCAACCAAUCACAGAAUUUUAUCAAAAAACAAAAAGAAAGGCUCAUCAUACGUUUUAAAACGCACCAGUAAAACAACAGUGUAUCAAGUAAAACAACAAUUGAAAUCGAAAAUUGACCCGACAGAAGAUAACGUUCAAAGGCUUUUGCUUUUAGGCAGUAAUAAACUUGAUCCUGAAACUACAGAUAAAAUUUUUAGCAGGGCUGUGAAAAAACCUUACAAAAGUAAAACUAAAGAAGAGAAAUUAAAAGAGGAAGAAGAAAAUAGAACUGCCUUUAAUGAAGAGGACUUUAAAAAGUUUGAAGAAGAAUAUUUUGAUUCGUAAGCGAUUGAUACUCCAUUCUUAUCUCACAUUAACUAGUAAUGUUUAAUACAGAUCAAGAAAUAGGAAAAGCAAUACUAAUCAUAGCUUCUGUAAUU